AUGAGAGUGUAUCAAUUGGUGUACUUGUUGUCGGCGGUUUCUUCCCUCGUUUCUGCUGCUCAGCUUCACCAUUUUAAUAACGAGGGUGACUUUGUUGGUAUGGGAUGUAAAAAUGCGCUAGUCAAAAAAGCUACGUUUUGUAAUAUUAAAGGGAAAAAAGCAUCAAAAAGCUAUGAAUGUGAAUGCAGGAAUGCUGUUGCUAUGGGUUCUUUUGUUGGUUGUGGAUAUACUUAUACCGAGGACAGUAAAGAAGCUACAAAGCAAUUUGAAAAAUUCGUUCUUCAACAGUGUGAGGGCAAUGUGACUUUAGAGGAGAUCAGAAAUGCAUACGAAAACGUCACUAAGUAUUGGAAAACUACAGAUCAGAUCGAAGGGUUUAACAAGUCUAAACCCACUAAUGUACCUGUUAAGAUUUCUAAGAAGGUUUUCAAGCUUUACUAUGAUUCUUACUAUGCUAGAUAUAAGAACAUUGAUGAUGCGAUGUGGAUGGGAACUACUCUGUUAUCGUUCUGGGCGUUGGUCGUGUUCUUCGGCAUGGUUAGUAAUUUUGCCCAUAUGCUAAUACCUACUGUGUGGAUGUCGUUAAAUAAAGCUCUUUCCAGGCUGUACAUUGUUCGGAAAUAUAGACAGCUAGUUUCGGUGCCUACAGCUUUUAACGGGGCCCAUACUGCUCCAUCCUUAUUUGGUGCAUAUCUUCCCACAAGGCUGGAAUCUAUUGUGGUUUUCAUAUUUGUUACUAUGUCCGCUGUUUUCCUCGCUGCAAAUUAUCAUUACGUCGAGGAUGGUGUCAUUUGGUCGGGCAAAGCGUCCCAGUUUGGUCGUUACAUUGGUGAUAGGUCCGGUAUUUUGACGAACUUUUUAUUUACUGUAACAUGGCUAUUUGCAGGGCGUAAUAAUGUCUUGCUCUUCCUCACUGGUUGGAAGCAGUCUACUUUUUUAACUUACCAUAAAUGGGUUGCAAGGGUCUCUGUCGCUUCUUUAUUCAUCCAUACUAUUUCCAUGCUUGUGAAUACUGUUGCAAUGGGCAAAUAUCACACAAGAAAGCGUACUGGCUGGUGGCGUUGGGGAUCUGUCUCUAUAGUAGCUGGAAUUGUGAUCCUAUUCCAAGCUAUGCCUUAUUUCCGCCGCCAUUCUUAUGAAAUAUUUUUGUAUUUCCAUAUCCUUCUUGCUAUGUUCUUCUUAAUUGGCGGUUGGAUGCACACUGAUUUCUUUGGAUCUGGUCAGUGGUGGUUUGCUUGUGCAGCUAUCUGGGGAUUUGACAGGUUUUUGAGAUUUGUUCGUAUCGCCCAUUUCGGUCUAAGGACGGCUAAGGUAAAGCUAAUAUCAAAUGAAACACUUGAAAUUACCGUGCCAAGACACAACUGGUGGGUCGCUUUCCCUGGCUCAGUUGCCUACGUGUAUUUUGUUGGAACUCCUCUCUUUUGGCAAUCUCAUCCUUUCACUAUGGUAUCUAGCAAUGACUGUCCAUACGUGAAGUUUCUCAUAAAGGUGAAGAAUGGCGCUACAAAGUCCAUUGCCAAGUCUCUAAUUGACAAAACAGGUCAAGAAGCUCACUUCAGAAUCGCCGUCGAAGGUCCAUAUGGGAGUCAUACCUCUCUGGACAAGUAUGAUAAUGUCUUACUCUAUUCGGGUGGUAACGGUAUCCCUGGUCCAUUUACAUAUGCAAGAGAACUUGGAGAGCUGUCCCUCAAAGAUAAAGCUAAAAAAGUCCCAUUUGUUAAGUUUUACUGGGUUAUAAGAUACACCUCACAAUUUGAGUGGUUCAUGGAUGAGCUAAAGUCGUUAGAAAAAUACAACAACAUUCAAAUGAUCAUUUAUGUCACCAAGCCGCAGGAGGGCGAAAUAUAUAAUGAGAAAACAUCCGAUGCUGAUUCGUCUUCGUCCGCAGAUGACAACAAAGAAGCUGCUAAAUUAUACCAGAGUCCUACUGCAUCUGCAUCUAAAGAGAACAAAUCUGAAGAACAUGUUUCAGUGAAACUAGUGCGCCCCAGCGCCUUUCCUAACGUGGAAUUCAGAAGGGGAAGACCUUGUAUCCCUGAGCUGCUCAACUCUGAUCUAAAUGAAGUCGCUGGCAGCAAUGUCGCAGUAAUGUCGUGUGCUCAUAGUUCUAUGGUAGAUGCAGUUAGAGACUCGUUGGCCAAAGAGGUUGGCUCUCGCUCCGGUGGUAGAAUUGAAUACAUCGAAGAAUUACAGAUUUGGUAA